GCGCGGAUCCGGCGCCAUUUUGGUGGCCGGGCGCGGAGGUGAUUCUACACUGAGGGGGAACGCGGCGGCAAGGGUGGCAGUGGCAGCGUUCGUGUGCUCGGGUCUGACUCACUGAGGGAGGAGGCGGUGGAGGAAGAGGUGGCGGCGGUGGCGGUGGUCGUAGCGGUGGCGGAGGAGGCGGGUACGAAUCAGCUGCGGGCAGAGACAUGGCCAACAUCGCGGUGCAGCGAAUCAAGCGGGAGUUCAAGGAGGUGCUGAAGAGCGAGGAGACGAGCAAAAAUCAAAUUAAAGUAGAUCUUGUAGAUGAGAAUUUUACAGAAUUAAGAGGAGAAAUAGCAGGACCUCCAGACACACCAUAUGAAGGUGGAAGAUAUCAACUAGAGAUUAAAAUACCAGAAACAUAUCCAUUUAAUCCCCCUAAGGUCCGGUUUAUCACUAAAAUAUGGCACCCUAAUAUUAGUUCCGUCACAGGGGCUAUUUGUUUGGAUAUCCUGAAAGAUCAAUGGGCAGCAGCAAUGACUCUGCGCACGGUAUUAUUGUCAUUGCAAGCACUGUUGGCAGCUGCAGAACCCGAUGACCCCCAAGAUGCAGUAGUAGCAAAUCAGUACAAACAAAAUCCUGAAAUGUUCAAGCAGACAGCUCGACUUUGGGCACACGUGUAUGCUGGAGCUCCAGUUUCUAGUCCAGAAUACACCAAAAAAAUAGAAAACCUGUGUGCUAUGGGCUUUGAUAGGAAUGCAGUAAUAGUGGCCUUGUCUUCAAAAUCAUGGGAUGUAGAGACUGCAACAGAACUGCUUCUGAGUAACUGAGGCCGGGGAAUUGCUGCCAGCCACACUCGCCUCUCCUCAAGGAGCACCAACACCUGUUAUUUUUAGGAUUCUGCAUAAAUUCCUUUUAAACUGGCAUUCUUGCCUAAUGAUGUUAUCUGGGCACCAUUGGAGACUGCAAAAAAAAAAAAAAUCCCUGCUCUGUAAAUAAAGCUAAUUAAACGUCUGUGUAAAUUUAAAAAGGGGAAAUACUUUAGUUUUUUUCUUAAUAGUGUAAAAAUUCUUUGAGCUAAGCUAAAACUAUGGAAAAAAACAUGCUACUUUAGUGUUUAGCAGUGUAACAAGACUAGCGAGUUUGCUUCAGGGUUCUGUUGACUAACGAGGACAACACUCGAGUGUCGGCCGCUCACAUUGUGGUGUUGCAUCACAGCUACCUUAAGCGUUUGAACGUGGAUCCUCUGUGCCUGUGAAUUUACUUGCAUGCUUGUACUUGACUUCUUAGAAAGGGUAGCUGAAAAGACCACCCCCUCUUAAGCAUUAGGAAAUUCUUGAAUUAGGAGAUUUAUCCAGAUUUAAAGAUGGUGACCCAAUCAGAGCCUUUCGGUCCCCGUGAACAGGUAGUGACACCUUUUUUUUUUUCCCUUGUCACCAUCCAUAGCUGAGAUUCUUAUGAUAAAUUUUUCUGUGUUUGGUGGGAAACGUCCUGAGGAACAGUGUCCCUUGUUCUGUUUUUAGCUCGUAGGUUUGGAAUGUUUUUUCCAGGUUCUUUACUUUGUAAGUAGUAAUGUAAAAAUGGGGCUGCCGAAUUCUCAUUUCUCUACAAAGGAGUAAAUACUUAAUGUUCCCGGAGUUAAUAAAAGGACCACACUUAGUUUUUCAGUGAAUUUAACAUUAAUUUUUAAACGGAUGAAGUCUUUGGGAGCUUGAAGGGUGCAGCCAUCUGUUUCCAGUAGUGUUGGGUCUGACUGGGGCUUCUUAGUUUGCUUUUGCCAGCCAGAAUCACUGUUCUUGCACUCUCCAUGUUGAUGCAUGGAAGAUGUUAGUCUCACUGUACAUACCAGAUGCACAUAGGAAUAGGGGUGUGUUCUAAAAAUCUAGCUUUCUUUAUGAUGCUUCAGAUACUGUGAGAAUUGAAACUUUACUUUCUCUGUACAUAGAUUUCCUGUUCUUACUGUCACAUCUUUCUAAGUUCCAAAGUUUGAAAACUCUUAGUUUUGCAAACUCAUUUAACCAUCUUUAUUAAGGGUCAUGUGAAUUUAUGUAGGCAGUUGUUACAGAGUAGAUACAGUUUUAAAUUUUGAGGACCAAUGCACAGAUUGCAGAAAUGUAAUGGUAUCAGACUGAAUUAAAGUAAGGCUGUAUAUUGAAAGUCAUUCUAAAAGGUUUGUUUUCUUGAAGUGUUAUUCAUCUUAUAGUCAUGAAGUGUUUGGAAAAUACUUUUGAACCUAUUAACUCAGCACAACUUCAUUUGACUUUUCCAUAAUUUUGAUGCUACAAGCAAUAAAAGAACCAUUUAAAUAUA